AUGCCGGUGAACAUGGCUGGGUGCACCACAGACUGCGUGGAGAAGCCGAUCUCCAUUUGCUUUCAGAAGUUCGGCCGUUUUGUGGGCACUUACCCCUGGUGGUUCUUCAUCUCUCCCCUGCUCAUCUCUGCUGUAUUAGGCACUGGCUUUUGCUUCCUAGAAGAUCGUGAAGCCAAUGACAUUGAGGAUCAGUUCACACCUGUAAACGGUCCAGCCAAGCUGGAGAGGCGGUUUGUCCAGCAGAACUUCCCGCAAAACGACUCGCUGUUCUCCAACCAAAGACUCUACACGGACGGGGUUUACGCGUCCUUCAUAGCCGUGACUAAAUCCUCCAAUAUCCUCACAGACGCUGCUUUUCGGGAGAUAGUGACUUUAGAUAGGAAAGUUAAGGAGCUGAAUGUGUCCACGGGUCACGAGGUGCUCACUUUUGAGGGACUUUGCGCAAGACGAUACAAGAAGUGCAUUCCCAACAAGAUAUUGGACAUCCACAAGUAUUACGGGGAGAAUUUGGAGGCCACCGAGCUCUCCUUUCCGUUCUUUCGCUUCGGAUUCUCCUACAUUUUCUUGGGUUAUUCGGUCGGUGGAGUGAAUUUGAACUCUUCUGUUAUUAAAAGCGCGAAGUCAGUGCGUCUGUUUUACUUUCUUAAGGAGGAUAAUCGUACUAGAACUGAUUUAUGGCUGAAUGAGUUCCUCAAGGUUUUCCCGUCUAAUUUGUCGCUAAACUCCAUAAAGGUGACCCACUCCACAUCUUUGUCAAGGCAGGUGGAGUUUGAGGCAAACACAAAAGAUGUCAUUCCUCUCUUCUCCAUCACUUACGUCAUCGCCAUUGCUUUCUCCAUUCUCUCUUGCUUGAGGUUCGACUGUGUCAGAAACAAAGUAUGGGUUGCAACAUUUGGGGUUUUCUCUGCUGGACUGGCUGUUUUGUCUGCUUUCGGCAUGAUGUUACACAUUGGAGUCCCUUUUGUCAUGACAGUUGCUAAUUCUCCAUUCCUAAUAUUAGGGAUUGGAGUGGACGACAUGUUCAUCCUCAUCUCCUGUUGGCAGCAGACGAAUGUUCACGAUCGAGUGGAGACUCGCCUAUCUAAUACAUACAAAGAAGCGGCUAUUUCAAUCACCAUAACCACUCUCACAGACGUACUCGCUUUCUACAUCGGCCUCAUGACACCUUUCCGCUCCGUCCGCUCUUUCUGCCUGUACACCAGCACAUCUAUCCUUUUCUGCUACAUCUACAGUGUCACUUUUUUCGGAGCGUUCCUCGUACUUAACGGACGACGAGAGAACAGCAACAAGCACUGGCUGACCUGCAAGGAAGUACCCGAAGAGUGUGCUGUAGGACAGUCGAAAUGGUAUGAAUUAUGUUGCGUUGGAGGAGCGUACGACCGCCAUACUGGCUCAGAGGAGGUGCAACCCAUGAAUCACUUCUUUAAAAAAUACUACGGCCCAUUUCUGACCAAAUCCUGGACGAAGGUGUUUGUGAUCCUCUUUUAUUGCAUCUAUUUAAUCGUCAGCAUUUAUGGCUGCUUUCAGAUUCAGGAAGGAAUCGAUCUCCGCAAUUUGGCGGCUGAUGAUUCCUACGUGGUCAAAUAUUACGAUAACGAGAAGGCGUAUUUUUCGGAAUAUGGGCCAAACAUCAUGGUCGUCAUCCGACAGGAAUUUCCAUACUGGGAUGAAAAGUACAUGUCGGAUCUAGAAACCUGCAUCGAAGACUUCAAAAACUUAUCCUUCAUCGAAAAGGACAUAUUCACCUCCUGGAUCAAAUCCUACAAGUACUACGGAUAUCACACGAAGCUCAAUCUGAGCGCUGAAGACGUCUUCAAAGAGAAUUUGGGAACAUUUCUACGAUUUUACUCCGACUUCAAACAGGACGUUAAUUUCACCAACAACUCCAUCCACGCGUCUCGGUUUUUCAUACAGACCGUAAACAUCUCCACUGCUCUGGAUGAAAUGAACAUGUUAAACAAACUACGAGAUACUGCCCAAAAGUGCCCUGUUCCUUUACUAGUGUACCACCCUGCCUUCAUCUACCAUGACCAGUAUGCGGUAAUAGUCAGCAACACAAUCCAAAACAUUGCGGUUACCACAGCAGUGAUGCUUCUUAUCUCCCUUCUCCUAAUCCCAAAUCCUCUGUGCUCCCUUUGGGUCACUUUCUCAAUUGCGUCUGUCAUCGUCGGAGUCACUGGGUUCAUGGCAUUGUGGGAUGUUAACUUAGACACCAUUUCCAUGAUCAUUCUUGUCGUCUGCAUUGGGUUUUCCGUAGACUUUUCUGCUCAUAUUUCAUAUGCCUUUGUGUCCAACAAGAAGCCCAGUGCGAACGAAAAGGCGGUGGAGGCUUUGUUUAAUUUAGGAUACCCCAUUUUGCAGGGUGCGGUGUCCACUAUUCUUGGGGUGGUCGUCUUGUCUGCGUCCAAGAAUUACAUUUUUAGGACUUUCUUUAAAAUUAUGUUCUUGGUCAUCUUUUUUGGGCUCUUCCACGGUUUGACUUUUAUCCCUGUUUUUUUGACCUUCUUCGAUAUGUGUAACGGGACGCCGGCUGAAAACAAAUCAGGCCCGGAAGAACAAGCCAUGAAGAAGAGUUACACCAAUAACAUUCAAGCAAAGGAUGCUAAGGAUGGUGACGUGAAAGAGCGGGAAAUUUAUGACAAUCACACUUUCCAGUCUGACAACCAUCAAACAUGUCCGUCUCAGCCCUGCUCUGAUAUAUGGAUGAUAGCCGGAAAUAAUCAUAAUGUUCAGGAUAAUCAUGUGUGCUUGGCUAGCACUGUCCCAAUGUUCAGAGUGGACGGUCAGACCUACGAGGUUCACAUGUAUGAACCGUCUGAUGAUGUCAUGUUCCAAGUCAACUGUCAAUCAAAACAGCGUGCCGAAGGACAAAAUUGUGUGUCGGGAAACAGCAACCACAUACAGGAUUCAGGUCUUCCUACUUCUAACUGUUCCGAGUCGACCAUUUUGUAAAAUCAUUAUACUUUUUUUCUUUCAAAUACCGUAUGGCUUGUUUGUAUGUGCACCAGCUUUUACAUGUUUAAAUGAAAUUACUGAAGUAAAUUUAAUUCAGGAAGAUGAAAACAUGGCUUUUUUUUCACCUUUUUUUUCAUGAGCAGAUGCAGACUGAACUGUGAUGGCUGAACUGUGAACUGAUUUAAGACUACAUAUGAAAGUGGCACAGAUCUGACCUGAAAAGAUCAGAUUCCAUGCGGUUUGGGCUGAUCACACUAUCAUUACCUGAGUCACAUGUGGGCAAAAAAAAUCUGAUUCGGGCCACAUUUGGCUGCAGUGUAAACGUAGCUCAUGACUCCUUUGAACAACUCGAUUUUUUGGAUCAGCUGUGAUUGAUAGGGUUGGAGAAAAACUGUGCAGAGUUUGAGACCUAUGCUGUGAAUGGUUUUAAUAGUGUUAUCAUAUAAAUCAGUGGUUCUCAAUAUCGAUCUUGGAGAUCCGGUGCAGAUUUUAGCUCCAACCCCAAUCAGACACACCUGGGCUAGCUAAUUGAGCUCUUACUAGGCUUUCUAGAAACAUCCUUGCAGGUGUGUAGAGGCAAGUUGGAGCUAAAAUCUGCAGGACAUUGGAUCUCCAGGAGCGAGUUUGAGAACACCUGAUAUAAAUGUUUACAAUAGAUUUAACAAAACAUGUAAACCUAAAUUAUUAAGUAACUUGUAAUGUCUCAUUUCUGAAACACAAGCACAAG